AUGCUCGCCCAAUCCAUCUUUUCCGCGGCACUCUUCGCCAGCGCCGUCGUCGCGCACCCAGCGGGCAUUCUCGGCGCCCGUGACCUCGCGACCAUCACCGGUGUGCUCAACGGCAUCGCCGCUGACCUGACCGCCGUUCAAACGGCCGUCGAUGCCUUCACCGGCGCCGAAGCCGAGGCGGAAGGCGUCCAAACGGCCUCCGAAAAGCUCAUCGCCGACCUCACUGCCGGCGCCGCCACCGUUGCCGCCACCGGGGAGAUCUCCCUCACGGACGCCCUGGGCCUGGUCCCGACUUCGAACAGCCUGAACGCGGCGGCCAACGCCACAGUGACGGCACUGAUCGGCAAGAAGCCGCAGUUCGACGCGCUCGGGCAGACUGAAACUGUUGCGGCCAGCUUGGUGGCGCAGAAGGAGGGGAGCACUGCGCUGUUGGAGGCCGUGGCGGACAAGGGCCCGGAAUCGAUUCGCAACGUCGCGGCUCAGCAAGGGGCCCCUCUUUACGCAGCCCUUGAUGCUGGUAUCGCCGCAUUUGGCGGCGCCCCGGAGGCCCCGGCGAAGUUGAGGGCUAUGUUUUGA